ACACCACUGUAGCUUUAUUAUUCUAGUUAACGUGACACACAGUACAGGAGCUCACUGGAUAUUCACUUCACCUUCUUUCUAGCUGUGCACUUCACUUAGGCUGGCUCCAGUGCUGCAGAGCAGCUCUGUUAAACAGCAGAGGAGCAGGAUGUAUAUUGAUUCACAUCUCAGAGACGCAGGAGAGGGGAGCAAGCAGGAACCUGUGUUUUUUGCCUUUCGAUUGAACUCAAGAUGAUGAAAUUCUGAGGAACUGAACCGACGACAAGAAAGAAAAACAACAUUUUGCUUUUUUUUUUUUUUCAUUUCCUUUUUCUUUUGAAACAACAACAUGUGCAGAUGUAACAAUAUCUGGACUAGCCAAGCAGCAAGUUUACUGGGCCUCUUUAAAAAUACUUUGAUAAACAAACAGAGCAAGAACGUUAUCAUAGUCCAAGGUGCCAGACAGAUCGAAUGAAGCUGCUCUGCAUGUUUUUGUUUUUAAUCCCAGGCAAUGACAAUCAUUAACUGUUCAUUGAUUUUUGAACAAAGGGGCUGUUGUUAUCACUGGCACUGUUGAAAACACAUUUGAAAGGUGGUUUUUGAAUACAGGAGAAACACCUUUGCCCUUGACAGCGUGUCCCCUGGUGCAUCCCUAGGACUGGCCAGGGGCCCUCGCACCACCAUGCACUGCAAGAGGAGAAUGUGCUCCGGCCUGGCCAUCUUUCUCCUGACAGCGGCUCUCAUUGUGGUCUACAUGCAAAUGAACCACUACAAUUUCAUAGUGCACACAGACAGCACCCAUAUUAAAGAACUUUUAUCUGAGAGCAACCAAACUUUCACCACAGUCCCCCCAGAGAGCCCCCGAGCCUGCAGCUGCACCAAGUGCAUCUCUGAGAAGGGCGUGUCAGCCUGGUUCGAUAAGCGCUUCAACUCCAGCACACAGCCACUGCUCACUGCCAAAGAUGACAAUCUCCCUCAGCCUGCCCUGAGCUGGUGGCUGGCUUUGCAGCAAUCCCACAUAGAUGUGAAAGUAAAUGAAGUGGUAGCUGAGGUGUUUGCUGUGCUGCCUGGGACAGACCAGGACAUGACGGGCGACCCAUCCCAGUGCAGGAGAUGUGCCGUGGUGGGCAACUCAGGAAACUUGCGGGGAUCCCUUUACGGCAAUUUGAUCGAUUCCCACGAUGUUGUGAUGAGGAUGAACAAAGCUGUAACCAGCGGGUUUGAGUCGGACGUGGGGCGCAAGACAACGCACCACUUCUUGUACCCAGAGAGUGCCAUUGAUCUCCCAGCUGACGUCCAUCUGGUCCUUGUGCCCUUUAAAACACUGGACCUGCAGUGGAUUGCAAGCGCACUUUCAACCGGACAGAUAACCAAGACGUACAUGGAAGUCAAACAGUUUAUCAAGGCUGACAAAGACAAGGUGAUGGUAAUCAGCCCAGCCUUCUUGAAAUAUGUCAAUGACAAAUGGACAGAGCAUCAUGGGAGAUAUCCUUCCACCGGCAUGCUGGCGGUGAUAUUUGCACUGCACACCUGUGACGAGGUGUCCGUGUUCGGCUACGGCGCCGACGUCAAUGGGAACUGGCACCACUACUGGGAAGAAAACAAAUACGCCAGCGCUUUCCGGAAAACAGGAGUUCACAGUGCCGACUUUGAGACUGAAACCCUCAGGAAGCUGGUUGAAGAAGGAAAAAUCAGACUGUAUACUCCAGAACGAACCGCACGUCCAGUCAAUAAAUACAUUCGAAAGACAUAAGCCAAAACAGCAGGGGAAGUGCAGAACUCCUCAUGGACCGUUCUUUCACUACUACAGACUGUAAGCUAUGGGAGGACUUGAACCCCAACUGUGGAAAACUGAAGAAAUGACUUUUUUUUUUUUUAAUAAAAAUGACAAAAUGACUACGCUGCUCUAUUUGAAAUGAAAGCAAACUCCGCGCUUUCUCUGUAAUAGACCCAAAAAGAGGCUUUCUUUGUUACAAGCUGUAAAAUGACCCUAAUGUCAUGUGUCUAGCUUAUCCCCCCCACCCCCCCCCCCCCCCGCCCCACCCCACCCCACCCCACCCCACCCCUGUAAUCAGCGCCAAAUGGAGGAACCACACUCCAACUGCAGCUGAAAUGACCCAAAAGCAUUUCCUCUGAACAGCCCUAAUGCUGCCACAGAGGAAACUGCCAUGCAGUUCAGAGUGUCGUGUCAGUGAGAUAUUCAGAGACCCAGGGCGCUGCUGGGGGAAGGAAAUAAGUCAGAUCUGAACGUUUCCAGGUUCUUUUUUACCCGAAUCUUUGAGAAGGUUCAUGUAUUUACUAACAUUAGCAUGUGGCGAAAGAAAAGCAAUCUUAAAAACCCUUGCAAUUCCUUUAUGAAAGUCCAACUAUCCACUUUGCACAUGUCUGUAAAUAUAAUCAGAAGUAAUCAAA